AUGAAAUACGCACAAUAUGUUUUCCUGGCAUCAAUCCUCUCCACGGUUGAAUAUAGCCUAGCUCAGACCUGUGCAGUGGACUCUUUCUCUGUGAAAGACAAUUUUGAUCCAAAAAGGUAUGCAGGGAAAUGGUAUGCCUUGGCCAAGAAGGAUCCAGAAGGCCUUUUCCUUCAGGAUAACAUCUCUGCUGAAUACACUGUUGAGGAAGAUGGCACAAUGACAGCUUCUUCCAAAGGCCGGGUGAAGCUUUUUGGGUUCUGGGUAAUCUGUGCUGACAUGGCUGCUCAGUACACAGUGCCAGACCCGACCACUCCUGCAAAGAUGUACAUGACGUACCAGGGCCUGGCGAGCUAUCUGUCCAGUGGUGGGGACAACUACUGGGUGAUUGACACCGACUAUGAUAACUACGCCAUUACUUACGCCUGCCGCAGCCUGAAGGAGGACGGCUCCUGCGAUGACGGCUACUCCCUGAUCUUCUCUCGCAACCCCCGUGGCCUGCCCCCCGCCAUCCAGCGCAUCGUGCGCCAGAAGCAGGAGGAGAUCUGCAUGUCUGGCCAGUUCCAGCCUGUGCUGCAGUCAGGUACCUCAAGCCAACCUGCAGAGAAAUGGCUGCACGGGCAGCUUGCAGGGGAGGUGACCGCAUUUGCUGUCAGUGUGGCAGAGCCGCAGCAAGCCAAGCUGUAAUUGUUUAUGAUGUUUUUAACUUCAUAACAGCUGCAACACACAGCAGGUAGAGACCCUGAUCCACGGCCUUAAGUUUCCCCUUGUGUGCUGAUGCUGACACGCUACAAAGGAGA